AUGAAGUCAUCUUGGAGUCCCUGCAUCAUCUCACGGUCGCCUCUCUAUGCACAUUUUACGGAGACAAUUGGCGGAUUGGUCGUGAUCCGAGGUCUACAUAAGCAGGAAUAUUUUCGGAAAAUCGUUUGCUCCAAACUGAACGAUCGAACACGUUGUGAGUUAGCUGGUCUUGCCAUCGCCGGUUGGCUCAACCUUCGCCUUCAAUUGAUCGCCCUUCUUGUUGUUACGGGCGUUUUCUUCACUGGUGUAAUUGGACGCGCUCUCAACAUAAUUGAUGUAAAUCUCGUUGGUCUUGCUUUGAUAUAUGCUCUAAUGCUUUCGUCUCUAAUGACCUCUCUGGUGAGUGUAGUAAGUUCCACAGAAGUGGACUUUAUUGCCGUAGAACGCUGUCGUGAAUUGACCGAAGAGACACCCUUUGAAGCUGAUGUUGUUGCCUGUUCUGUUGUAGUAAGUUGA